AUGGAGAAAAACAAUUACAAAGAUUUUACCACAUAUGCAGGUAGAGUGAACAGAGAGUGUGAGAGAUUUAAAUGGGGUAUACUAACUUCAGACUUGUUCAAGUGCCUGAUUUUUGCUUGGGGACUUACUGCUAUAAAGGACACAGAAGUCAGAAUGAAAAUUCUCACAAAGCUGGAAAUGAACCAGGAUAUAACUCUCCGGAAGCUGUUAGAAGAUUGUAACAUGAUAUUAAAAGUAAGGCAUGACACAGAGGAAAUUCAAUGCAGAGAUUGUUUGCAGAUAAAACCAGUGUGCAAGAGUUGGAAGACAAAUAAAGUCUUUCACGAUAAACAACAGAAGAUAAACCCAUGUAUGGCAUGUGGUGGUAGGCACCUGAGAAAAGAGUGUCCAUUCAAAAAAGCAAAGUGUUUUCAUUGUUUGAACACAGGACACAUUAAAUUGCACUGCAGAACUAAGAUGAUGAAAAAUUGGACCAAACAAGAAAAAAUAAAUAGUUUGUCAUCAGAGAAAAAAGUUUGUACAAUGAACAGAAAAUCUAUCAAGGUGAGAAUCGAAACCACUUGUGUCAAAAUGCAAUUAGACAUGGGUAGUGACGUCACUAUCAUAAAUGAAGAAACAUGGUGA